UGCCUUGCUUCAGCGGCCGUCCUUCCGGCAGCCUGCCAGAUUGUCCCCCUGCCAGGGGCCCCUCCGCCUGUGUCUUCAAUCCCCUCUGUGAGCGGUUUUGUGUUCUUCCCACCACAUCAAAGAUUCGGCCGCUGGGUCUCCAACCCCACAGCGUCCUCCUCCGGGAUCAAAGCCUUGCUCGCAUUUAGAAUCCCUGACAGGGACGGAGGAGUAGUCUGUGAACAAGACGCCUGCGUGUCCGGGCCCAAGCCGCUGCUCCUGCCGGUCGUCCGGGGGCUGAGCCAUGGAGGUGCCUCUGCAGACAGAGAUGGUGGAGCUGGUGCCCAAUGGCAAGCCUUCGGAGGGGUUGCUCCAGGCCGCCGCGCCAGCGCUGGACAAGCAGAGACUGGAGGGCCCCAGACAGAGCUGCGGGGGUGGCGCGGAGGCCGAGGACUUCCUGCAGAAAAGCCCCAGCAAGGAGCUGCACUUCAGUGACUUCGAGGGGAAGACGUCUUUUGGGAUGUCGGUGUUCAACCUUAGCAACGCCAUCAUGGGCAGUGGCAUCCUGGGGCUGGCCUACGCCAUGGCCAAUACGGGCAUCGUCCUCUUCCUAGUCCUGCUGACCGCCGUGGCCCUGCUCUCCAGCUACUCCAUCCACCUGCUGCUCAAGUCCUCAGGCAUCGUGGGUAUUCGUGCCUACGAGCAGCUGGGCUAUCGUGCCUUCGGGACUCCCGGCAAGCUGGCAGCAGCCCUGGCCAUCACGCUGCAGAAUGUUGGAGCCAUGUCCAGCUACCUGUACAUCAUCAAGUCCGAGCUGCCCCUGGUCAUACAGACCUUCCUGAACCUGGAGGAGAAAACUUCGGACUGGUACUUAAAUGGAAACUACCUGGUGAUCCUGGUCUCUGUCACCAUCAUCCUUCCCUUGGCGCUGAUGCGGCAGCUUGGCUACCUGGGUUACUCCAGUGGCUUCUCUCUAAGCUGUAUGGUGUUCUUCCUCAUCGCUGUCAUCUACAAAAAGUUCCAGGUGCCCUGCCCGCUGCCCCUCCACAUUGCCAAUAUCACAGGCAACGCCAGCCACGCGGAGGUCCUCAGGGAGGGGGGGCAGCUGCACGUAGAGGGGAGCACUGAGGCUCUCUGCACCCCGAGCUACUUCACACUCAAUAGGCAGACAGCAUACACCAUUCCCAUCAUGGCCUUUGCCUUUGUCUGCCACCCUGAGGUGCUGCCCAUCUACACGGAGCUCAAGGACCCCACCAAGAGGAAGAUGCAGCACAUCUCCAACAUGUCCAUCGCCGUCAUGUACGCCAUGUACUUCCUGGCCGCCCUCUUCGGCUACCUCACCUUCUACGACGGGGUGGAGUCAGAGCUGCUGCACACCUACAACAAGGUGGACCCCUUCGACGUGCUGAUCCUGUGCGUGCGGGUGGCUGUGCUGACCGCCGUCACGCUCACUGUGCCCAUCGUGCUGUUCCCGGUGCGCCGGGCCAUCCAGCAGAUGCUGUUUCAGAACCAGGAGUUCAGCUGGCUUCGGCACGUGAUCAUCGCCACCAGCCUGCUCAUCUGCAUCAACCUGCUGGUCAUCUUCGCUCCCAACAUCCUGGGCAUCUUUGGGGUCAUCGGCGCCACCUCCGCCCCAUGCCUUAUCUUCAUCUUCCCUGCCACCUUCUACUUCCGGAUCGUGCCCGCCGAGAAGGAGCCUGCCAAGUCCACCCCGAAGAUCCUGGCCCUGUGCUUCGCCAUGCUCGGGCUUUUGCUGAUGACCCUGAGUCUGAGCUUCAUCAUCAGUGACUGGGUCUCCGGGACCGGCCGGCCUGGAGGAAGCCACUAGAGCGCCCUCCACCCCCCAGCCCCUGCCCUGCCCCAUCUGCUCACCCUAGCACCCCGCCCGGCAUGCCCAGCCCCGGCUCCUGCCCGUGGCCGGUGGUGAAGCAGGUGUGAGGCAGGGUUGGCCCUACUCCACCCACGCCUGUUCCGUCCACGGGCAUGCGUAGGAAGGUUGGGAUUGAGGAUUCCGGCCACCAGCAUGCUGGGGUCCCAAGCUGCAGAGGCCUCCUUUAGCGGAGUGGGGGUGAAUGGGGCACAUGUGUCCCUUGUCCCAUUUUGUUACUUCAGCUGCCGCCCUGCACAGAUGCCCACACUCAGAGCCAGCGGCUGCCCCCGGAGCCCAGGCUCCACUCCCAGAAGCCUCAUCUGCCCAGCCCCUCCCUCACCUCUCCUCCCUCGGUCCCCCAGCCCCUUUCAGGCCCUUGAACACCUGUGGCCCCUUCUCCUGUGGAGCCAGGGCAGGCUCCACCAUGGGACCCCCGUUCUGCCUGUUCACCUACCCUGGGGAGGCUGGGACUCCCCCCUCCCCCCACCCUCAGCCUGGGCCCUGGGCCACAGCCCACAUUCCACAGCCAGCAAAAGGGAGAGGCUGGGGCUCAGUGUCCCUGCACCCUAGGCCAGGGAUCCCAGGGGCGGGGGUGGGGAGGUUGUCAGCUCCCCCCUUUUAUAAAUAUUCUACGUAAGACCA